GUUAAAAUCUCAACAGAGUCAGUAAACGCUUUAAGAGCACUACAUUUCCCAUAUCGCUUAACUACGGUUGCUAAGAUACCAUCCAAGGCAGACUUCAUGUAUUGUUUAUUCGGUAUGGAUCCCAGUGGCUCCGAGUUAACGAGAUAACAGCUCGCUGAAAGAGAUGACAGGAUUGGGGAUUUACAAAUUUGACAAUGGAGAAAGUUACCCUUCAAAUUGUUUCCCAAUAAGAUCAUAUUUUCAUCCAAGAAACGAAGGGGCAGGACACUGGCUCGUAGCACACAGAAAUACAUUGGAAGAGGAAAUAUCAAAAAGGAAAAAUGUUUCAGGAUCAUGUUUUGAAGUGAACUCUGGGAAGCAUGAAAAGGGAAGACCAGCGAGUGCAAGCAACACUUUAGAUGCUCAACUUUUAAUUAAACUGCAUUGUGUGGAUAAGCCCUCCGACCUCUGUUCUGUUAACAUCAGUGGCCAGCAUUUGCAAACGGUGAAACUUGAAGAAUCUUUUGGCAGGUUUCCUGCACUGAGGGAAUUGGACCUGUCACUGAACAGCCUCCAUAACUUUGAGAUUCAUGCUGAAGAAUUCCAGAGAUUGGAGGUUUUGGAUUUAUCUUUUAAUAACAUAACAGGAGAAAGUAUAUUAAAUCUAGGCCUGUUAGCACAUUUAAAAGUGCUCCAUCUAACUGGAAACCAACUGCAGAUGCUUCCACUUAAUAUGGCUGGACCUUCUACCUGCCCUGGAGAAAAGAGCACACAAGAGGGUUCCUUGCAAUUUCAAAAACUAGAAGUAUUGAUGCUUGAUGACAACAAAUUAUCAUCUCCAGGAGUGUUUAUGAGUCUUGCUAACUUACAAAGGCUCCGUCAUCUAAACCUACAAGGAAAUUAUAUCUCAGGAGUACCAUUCUUAGAACAAAUGGCAACAUUACAAGAUGACCAGACAGGCAUUAUUCCACAGAGCAUCGGACAGAGCAUAAGCCUGAUGAAUGACAAGAGGAUAAAGUUCUCUGAAAUCACUAUGAGCCAGCAAAAACCAGAAAAAACAUUGGAAGAGGACCAAGCAUAUCAUGAAAUGCAUUCUGGUUCCUUAAAAUACUAUGAUGAUCAGAGAAAGGAGGAUAGAGGCUCUUUGGAUCUCUGUCUGCCUUUUCCAGAACUUCGUCAUCUGAAUUUGGCCAACAAUGAGAUAGCUGAGGAAGAGGCAUUGUUGCCUGUGGCAUUGUUUCCAAAGCUCAAUGAGCUUGUUAUUCACUCAAACCCCUUGACAACACAGAGAAGUGGCGACCCACCAAUGCUGACCUGUUUUCUUCAGGACAAGCUGGGUAUUGAGAUAACACGAAAAAAGACAACGGAUCGCAUUAAGCGACAUAUUAAACUCCCUGUCAAUUCUAAAAGAAAGGUGUCACAAAUUUAG